CAAGAAUUCGCCGCUUUCGGGUUUCCGAAAACGUCUCCAGUAGUCACCCGCUUGCAAGCGCGUGAGGCUGCUAGUCGCAGCGCCGGCGAAAACCUCGACAGCUCCUCUCAAACGCACUCGACUCCCUCUCCGACAAUUCCCGGUAACUUCGACCGCGACGAAGAAGACGAGAUAGACCAAGAACUCCAGGACGAGUCGCUCCUCGCCUAUCGCAAGGCCUUGGGCGCCAUCCGCGACGAGGAGACGGAGCUGCGCGUCGCCGCCGCUGUCAAGCAACUCGCCGAGCGGGCGUCGGAGUCCUGGGUCGAGUGGGCGCGCGGGGACUGGCCCGAGCUCGCGACCGCCAUCGACACCGAGGUUGAACGACGCGUCGAAGAGCAGAAGCGCCUCGCCGAAGAGGAAGCACGACGCGUCGAAGAGGCCGCGAAGCGUGCGAAGGCCGCCGAGGACUGUCGCCUCGAAGACGAACGGCGUCGAAAGGACGAAGAGGAACGGCGCCUCGAAGACGAACGUCGCGCGCAAGAGGCCGCCGAUGAGGAGUUGGCGAGGAUCGCGGCCGCCGAGGGGCUUCUCGAUAAGGGGAAAGGGCGCGCGAGAGUCGACGAGGAGGUCGCCGAGUUGUCGGACGACCCUUCGAUCAAGACUCCUCGGACGGUCGAAUGUCCGUUCGUGAUGACAGAGGUCGACAUGGCCACCGCGGCGACUGUGAAGCGCCAGGCUGGACAAAAGUGUGAUCGUUGCGCCGGCUACCGCUCGGCCCCGGUCGAUUGCGUGUGGGUCGAGAACGCCACAACCUGCGAGAGGUGCGCGCAGUUCCAGCAGGGAUGCUACUUCGACAAAGUGUCUGUGCUUGGGAAGACGAGGAAAACGCGCGGCGGGGGAUCAACCACAAAGAAGCGCAUUCGGCCGACCUCUCCUGGGCCUUCGGUCGCGGACUCGAGUGGUUCGAAGAAGCGCCGAGUCGACGAGCCUCCGCGCCCACUGCUGCGACUGCCUCUCGAUGGGGCCAGCCGCCUUGGGCUCGAACAGGACGACCUUGAUGCGCUCGACCUCGACGACGAGUCUCGGGGGAUCAUCCGCGUCAUCCGCGAGGAGCGCGCUCACAUCGCUCGCCGUCGAGCGCUCCUCCACGACAUGGACCUCGACCUUCAAAAGAUGGAGAAGGACGCGCUCGCGAAGGGGGGAAUCGGGUUCGUGCGCGGGGCUGUUGACGAGGACUAG